AUGAAGCCUAGUAGUCUGAUGGUUCCACCAGCAGCAACUGGCCAAUUAUUGGGCAGCCAAGGGAUUCUCGGAGGUCCUGUUGGCGGUUCCACAUCCCCAUACCACCACUUAGCAGGCAGUGCUUUCCAGCUGAUCGGGUCUGGCUCGGCGGCUGCAGCAGCUGCAGCAGCUGCUAUGUCAGGUGGCCAGGCUGUUGGCUGCUCUAGCUUAAGUGAAUCUAUAUCGCCUGGCGUUAUUGGUGGUGGUCUACUCUACGGACCACAGCAGGGGCUACACCAGAACCAACCACAUUGCCUACAGCCCCAACACCUACAGCAAAAUCAAUUCGCUGUUACUCAGACAGGACAAAUGUCUACUGAGACAACCCUGCUAACCAGAAUGCUUCACGAGAAAGAAAAUUUGGUAAUCCCCUUCAAGUGA